GUCAGUUUCGACUGCUCAGCAAUCCUCUUAUUCCCAGUUGAGGACAACCGAAGUAGAAUCCAGCCAGUAUGAACAGGACAGCUUAUCCGAAUCGGACAUACAGUUCCACACCCAAGAAUCGGUGAAUGUGAACUUCGAAGAUGAAGAAUAUUCGGAUCUGCAGAUUUGCUUUGAAAGCAGUCCCGGGAAUAACACGGGCACCGUCUCAGAUAUCAUCCAGAAGGAUGCUGCCACCAGGGCAGAUAAUGGUUUCGAUCAACCUAUUCACCCAGGUGAUAAACCCUCAAGUAGCUCUACCGACUUCAGUCUCAAUACCACCUCUGUCCCUCUUGAAAAGUCCACAGUAGACCACAACAAGAACUCAUGGAGGUACCAGUACCCCAGGGACUUGAGGCGUGGCACAUUUGGUUCAGUGCCGUUGCAGAGCAACCUGCUUACUGGCAAUAAGAAACAGUCCAAGUGUCAGAUCAUCAGUCUGGACAGCACCCCUAACAACCCAAGCAAGGCCACAGCGCCUUGGCAAAGGAGGCGACACCGAUCCAAGAGCCAGGACAAUAUCAAAGACGAGCCCAGGAACAGGAUGAUAAGGCCUUUGCAGGCCUUUCCUGUGUUCACAGUGAAUCUGUACAUCCAGAUGCAGCUGUGUUCGCACACCUUGUCAGACUGGCUUCGAGAUCGGAAUACCAAGACAGAACAAGUCAAGGAUGCUCUGGAGUUGGUGAACGCCCUAGAUAACAUGCACAUCUUCGAGCAGAUGCUCAGUGGUAUCAAGUACAUACACUCCCAGGGGCUCAUACACAGAGACCUUAAGCCAAAGAAUAUCUUCUUGGAAGAAUCCAGUGAUGACUUGCAAGUAUUAAUCGGCGACUUUGGUCUUGCCAAGGAGAAUUUCGUGGUGGAGAGUGUAUCGCAAGAUUCUGAUCCCCCUAAUGGAGUAUGUGCAGAUACGUAUGAACCUGUGCACCACACGGUGGCAGUGGGCACAACAACAUAUGCCUCACCAGAACAGCUGAAAGGCUCCAAGUACGACUGUAAGGCGGACAUGUUCAGCUCAGGUAUCAUCCUGUUUGAGAUGUUCCAUCCCUUCUCCACACAAAUGGAGCGUGCCAAAGUGAUUGAGCAGGUCCGGCUUGGCAGCAUUCCGCGCGAAAUUCACAAGAGGUGGCCUGAUCAGUACAAGACCAUAGGAGAGUUGACCCAUUCUAAGAGCUGCCGUCGGCCACAUGCAGCUGAUGUCCUCAAGGGCCCACUCUUCCUCUCCAAAGAUGAGGUUAUCAAGGAUCUACGUGCCAAGCUCUCUGAAAGAGAUGCAGAAAUCAAGAUGCUUAAGCAGAUGCUAGCCAAGUAUGAAAAGACAUAAUGUAGUUGUAGUAACGAGGGUAAUUUACACAGCAACAUGUAUCAUUCCAUGGUGUCUUCGGUAGUAACUUUAACAACAACAUGAUGUGAAUCAUCACCAGAUCUUUCUUUGUUGCUGAAAUAGACUGAUUUUUAUGUCCAAACACACUAUGUGUAUUUUCAGUACUUUAUUGAAGAAUGCAGGAUAUUCGUGAUAAUAUUUAAACACGCUCUCGUUCACUCUCUGUUGGAGAGCUAUAUUCCUCUUUGUAUUGCUCUGUGUGCAAAGUAUCUCUGAGCAGCAUUUUUGUCUCUAUUGCCAUGAUCAGAAUGCUAGAGGAGAGAGAAUAUUUAAAUUAUUUAUCGUGAAACUGUAUUUUUUUCCUGAAAUAUGUCUCUUUGUAUUUUUGUUGUCGGCACAAGGGAAACAUUAGACUUAAAAAACAAAUUCCUCUUGAUUAUAAAAUAAGUGUUGAUAAACCCUAAUUGUAUAAUAUUUGUGUCCGAGAGUAUGCCAUACAAAUGCAUAUACGCAGUGCUGUAUGCUUCAUGUUUGUUGUUUUCCAUUGGAUGAGAAUGGGAAAAGCAGGAGUAGUGGUCAGUAAAUGUCCAUGUAAGAACGGCAAAUCUUUCCGAGUACUGUCCUCAAUACUGCUGAGCUUUGAAGUGUGAAACCGAAACUAUUGAAUGUACUUUUGUCACUUCCAGGGCAGUUAGUGCCCUUUUAACU